ACAUACACACAAUACGCGAGCCAGCGGUCGAGCCAUUUUCCAAUCGUAGAGAGCCGAAACGGCAAUUAAGCGAUUAGACGAAUACGAGAGUUCCGAGGCUGCCCUUACUUUUCCUAGCCCGUGGAGUGCAACCGAUUUUCGCAUUGUUUACCGCUGUGUGUAUACAGGAGGAAAAGGUGCCUUUGCCGCGUUGAAUAUUAUUUCUCUCUAUAAGGUUUUUUUUAUACUUUUUAGCAAUAAAAAUUGCCGAUUAGAUAAAAAAAAACGCUCCUCUCGUGUACGCGGAACCUCAAGCAGUUAUCGUCGUCCGCAGCCCAUCAAACUCUCUCUCUCUCUCCAAAAAUACCGACAAUUUCGCCGAGACUCGAGGCGCGGGUGUCGGAGAUAAGCGAUGUCCAGCGGAUAAUAAGCGCGCUCGAUCAGGCCUGUACGUGUGCAAUGUACAUACACAUGUAUACACUUACGCAUUCGUGAGCGUAUAGAUAAAUCUAUAGACGAGGGCGCCGCUCGUUCAUUAUCCGACAAGACGCUCGAGGCGAUAAAGUCUCCGAGGCACGUCUCUCUCCGACGAGGUUGUCCGAGUAUGUGAUUCUCUCGCGGUGGAUCGAUUUUAUACUUUGAGCAUUAGUUGCUUUUUUCUAACCGGAUAUCGGACGACGAUAUUGUGCGACGAUUGUGCGGUGCUGCGGACGGCGAUUUGUUCUUUUGGGGAGAGGCAUCAGAGGAUUUUGAGAGAUCACAAGUGCGCUCGAAUCGUGGUGCAGUGAAUUUUAGUGAACUAUAUUCACGUUUAUUUUUAUUAAUUAUUAUAAUAGAAUAAUAUCUGUGUGCACGAUAAUAUAUAGGUUGAAACGUUCUUCCAACGCGGCAAGCUAUCGUCCGCGUUUUCGCGAUGCUUUACGAGUUUGUAACAUCGCCAGAACUAACGUUGCGUCUAUAUAUAAUACUUGGAAGAACGCGUUGGUGUGCCCGCGCGUGCGAAUAGAAGUUUAUUCGAAUCAUUGUCGUAUAUAAGCUCGAAUAAGAGUCGGUCUUCGAUGUUUCCUCGUUUAGAAUCUCAUUAGACGCUAUAUUAUACACGUAAUUACGAUUCAUACGCCGAGCAAAUUGAUUAUAUACAUCCGAUCGUUAAAACUCUUUGAAUUUCGCUCGCCGUUAAACGUACUUUCGAAAGAAUUCAAAGCAGUGUCAAUGUCAAUGCGUUUCCUUUGCCUCCGUCUAAUUGUCCAAAGUUCGGUUGUGCAAUUGCUGCUUUACAUAACGUUAACGAGAUAGACCCGCGUAAACCUUUAUUUAUAUUCAUCGUGAUAAGUUUAUAUCAGAUAAUACAAUGACCGGCGAGACGAGCGUCGCCGAUCGCGAUUCCCCGCACGUUCGCGGAUUUUAUUUAUUUUUUUUUUUUUUUCGUUAUCUCGAUUGAAAAAAAAAAGAAAAGAAAAACCAGAACUCUCGAUAUUCCAAAACAAUCACCACCUCCCAUACAACACAGCGUGUUUCAAUGUGUAAUAACGCAGCAUCUCUCGUGCGCGUGUCUGUUCAGCAGAGCCAACAUCGGCAGCAGCAGUGGAGAUAGGCUAAGGAACGGUACUAACUCUCGUACUCUAUACUCUACUCUCGCGAGCGAGAGCCGACCGGCGGCUGGUAGACACGUGUGUUUAUAGAUAGUGAGAGCUAGAUAUAGCGAAGAAUGGCGGUGAAAGAGUGGUUCAGGAAGCUCAGGCCGGUCCAGCUCUAUCUCGUUCUGUUCUUCACGAUCGCUUACUUCGCCGUGGAAAUCGUCGCGUUCUACGUCUCCCACACGCUCACUUUGCUCAUCAAUGCCUACCACAUGCUGUGCAACAUCGUGGCCCUCAUCGGUUGCAUCGCUUCGAUUAAGUACGAAAACGAAGGCAACAAGAGCCACGAGAGUUCGUUGGCGUCACUAAAAGAUUCGGCGAGCAGUUUGGACGAAAAAAGCUUGAACCAGCCGUCGACGAAGAAAUCCAAGCAAUCCAAGUCGGAGCGGCGCAUGAAGAAUACCUUCGGCUGGGCCCGCAUCGACGUCGUGACGAUGUUGAUCUGCUGCGUACUGCUCGCCUCGUUCUGCUUCUCGACGAUCGUCGAGUCGGUCCAGACUCUCCUCCACAUCGACCAUCUCGACGCGAUGCACUAUCCUCUGCCCAUAAUGAGCAUAGGCGCAUCUGGAAUUCUGCUGAAUGCCUUUUGUUAUUUCUUGAUCGGCGGCUACACCUUCAAUCAGGGAGUUUUUCUACACUUCACUCAGAACGGCGAGGUUGUGCUGAAGAGGAGCCCAAACACGGAAUCGACGUCGGAAGGCGAAACGGAUCAGACUCGUCGCAGUCCCAUAGUAGUGCCGAAGAGCCAAGGGCUGCGCGAGAUGUGUCGCGACGUCCUCGGCUGUGUCCUGGUGAUGAUCGCCUCGUGCCUGGUCUACUUCACCGACAGCCAAGUGGCCAAAUUCGUCGAUCCCAUCAUCGCCAUCAUCUCCGCCGUCUCCCUCUUCUUCAUCAGCCUGCCUUACAUGAAGGAAUCGGGCCUGAUUCUCCUGCAGACAAUUCCGAAUCACAUCAACAUCGAUUCCCUGCAAAAAGACCUCCUCGCGGCGUUUCCUGACAUCGUGAACGUGCAUGACUUGCACGUGUGGCAGCUCAAUGGGGAGAAAGUCGUCUCGACCGUUCAUAUCAUUUACGCCGAUCCUACGGUGUGCGCCAGGAUCACCGACCAGAUAACUGCCUUUUUCAAUGACAUGGGGAUAACCCACGUUACCAUUCAGCCGGAAUUUUGCAAGAUGAAACCACACACGGGACCACACAUCGACUGCCUAAUACGCUGCCAAAGCAAGCACUGCAGCGCAUCGACCUGUUGCUCGCGAGACGAGCUUCUCGACGACGACGACCACCACCACCACCACCACCACCACCACCACCACCACGACCACCACAUAGUCAGCAAGAAAUUCGGCUCCAAAGAGAUCCUCCCCGCCGACCCGUCGCCCGUCGAUCUCAAGCGUUUCACCAUAAACGUCAGCGAGAUAAACGAGACGUCGUGCGAAACCGGCUGCGUCAAACGCAGUAUCAGCGCCAGCGAACUGACCGUCGAAGUCAGCCAGAAGAACCACGACAAUCGUCGUACCGUCAAUGUUGAUAUUGUGGAAAACAAAGCGACGCUCGAGGUGCUACAGACCAACGACGACGAGCUCGCGAUAACGGAAUGCAGCGACGACGGGGAGGAACGAUGAGAGUAUAGAAUAUAUAAGACGUGUGAUGUGUGGAUGAAUACGUGCCUUAUAUUGUAAAUGAGAUUUUUUUUUAAGAAAUAUGUAAGGAAAACGAGAAGACUGGAUGCUAUAGUAUUUUAAGUUACGUAUAGGGACCGAGUCGUCUAUUUUGUGUACAAAGAGUUGUUGCUCGCAUGUGUGUGUGUGUGUGUGUGUUGCUGAUGUAUCUACAGUCUGUGUAUAAUGUGAAUAUUAGGUUCAAUUUGUAUACGGUAUAGAUGCCACGAAAUCUUUGAGAGAUUCUCAGUGUGCUGAGACAAUAAUUUUUUCUAUUCUACGGGACAAUGUAUUUUGUACAAAGCCACUUUGCUAUAAUUAAUACGCAGUUUUGAACUUGUAGCUAGAGAAAACAGCGAAAUGACUAUACCGUACGUUAUAGUUGAAUAGCGAAGGAUUUAAAUGAUGAGAUAUAUGUAAUAUUUUUGUAAGAUGUGUAUUGCCCUGUGUACAUUUUAUGAAGUUUUACACAGACGAGUUUCAAGUCUAUCUUUCUAUCAUACCAUUGUAUAUCUGUAUUUCAAGAUUUUAAACAAUUAUAUAAGAUAAGAGAUAAACCUUUUAAUAAUUGC